AAAACACCUUAUUCAUACUUUUUUUUUUUUUUUUGAGAACCGAAAUGACACGGAGUACUGCGGUCAAGAAAUAUGGAAAACCAGCAAAACGGUCAAAAGCUGAACGUUUAUUCGCCGAGCUACCGCAAAGCCCAGUACGGCCCCAACAAGAUCCAAACAGAAAAAAGGACUCUAUCUCUCUUAUAACAAAUAAAGUCUCAUCACUUCAUCUCGAUGAGAAAUCAGCUCCCAAGACAAAGGCCAAAUUGCCGAAAAAGACCACAGAGUCUGUCCAGGAGAAGAUAAGCGAGGUUAUCAACAUUAAGGAGGACACAACCCUCAAGGUCUCAGAGAAAAGAGGCACUCCUGAGGCUAAAGAACCAAGCUCAGUCCCAUCGGUGGAUGAGAAUGACUCUGUCGAUUUUUCAAGAUUAUUGGAGGCUCAGAUAGCCUCAGAGGCGGCCGCGCAGCAAACACAGCUCAGAACCCUCACGUGGGAGGAUGUCUGUCCACCAGGAGAUAGGAUUGACAAGAUCGCCGAAGCAUCUUACGCCGAGGUAUAUCGUGUUACCAACGAGCGUGGUACAAGCAUAAUAAAGGUUAUUCGGCUUCCAUCGCCCAUAAAGCCACAGACCAAAGCCCAAAUUCGCUCUGGCUUGGUCGAUGAAGAGCCUCAUCCUGAAGAGGAUGUACAAGGCGAGCUGCAGAUAUCGGAAUGGCUGGCAGAUAUUCCAGGUUUCGUUGUAUACAAGGAGCGAUACGUCGUUCAGGGUAAAACAACACGUCAGCUUCUCGAGACGCAUCAGUCGUUUCAAAAGAAGAUGAAACGACAAGAUCCGGACCGAGCACAGUUUUAUCCUUCACCGAGCCGAUAUUUGGACGAUACGCGUUUCUUAGUUGUUGAGCUGGGCGAUGCUGGAACGUCGCUAGAAGACUGGAAGUUAACGAGCGAGAGUCAAUUAUGGGAUAUAUUUUUCUUGCAGGCUAUUGCUCUGGCGAGAGCUGAGGACCUUGUGAUGUUUGAGCAUCGUGAUCUUCACGAGGGUAACCUAUGUAUCCGGCAAGUCAAGCCACCUCGAGACAUGGGUCCUCCUUCAGCGGGCUUCUUUGGCUUUUCAGGCUUGGAUAUUACGAUUUUGGACUACGGCCUGUCUCGUGGCGAAGAUCUUUCCAUUGAAGAUGCGAAACCUGUGGCUUUUGACCUCGAAAGAGACCUCAGCCUGUUCACCAGUACUCAUGCAGCACAAUGCAAAGUUUACCGCCAAAUGAGGUCAUUCCUUCUCCGUGCUGACCGUACAUGUCUCCCUCCGGAAGCUCACGAUACACCCUACGCUGAGGGUAUUGACGGACAACUCUCAUGGGACGCUUAUGCUCCAUACUCGAAUGUGCUUUGGCUGGCAUAUCUCUACGAAUAUUUGAUAAGUCACUUCAAGGGUGAUAAGAAGGAGCUUGCAAGAUUCAGGAAAGAGACUCGAGAGAUGUGGAAUUACCUGGAUCCAGACGCUGGAGAUGAGUUGCCCUGCUUCAGCUGUGCUGCAGACGUUGUAUGCUUUGCAGUUGAGGCUGGGUGGGUUCGUCAGGAACAACUGAAUGGUGUUGAUGAGUCACUGAUUCAAAGAGAAGACAGCAUUAUCGGCGUGCGAGAUGAUAUCAAGGACGUGAAGCAAGAGAGCGCACCGGCCAGGAGGUCAACUCGAAGGCAAUGAGUUGGGGGUGCCAUGUGUGUGAUAGAUUGGACGAUAGAGUGGGCGGUGUUCUGAUGACUGAUUUAGGGUGGCGUUCAUAAUACCAAUGACUUUUUAUGUAAACAAUAUCUAUUUCCAGGGUAGCUUUGUGUUCAUAUUGAAAGCCGACCAAGCCAGUGUUUUUGCUAAUCUUUCAUUGGAUUGCCUUGGAAACAUGGUAAAGAUUCAUUAAGAC